AUCAACUGCAAGUUAUGUUUGGUCCGGAAUUAAAUUCUUGGAUAUUUAUUCUGAAGAGAAGAAAAUAAGGAUUGUUUAGUCUGAUGAUUCGAGGAUCUUCAAGUUGCGACGUCGAGGAAUAAAGUCGAGGAAGGAAGAGAUCGUCAUACUGUCUGAACGCACCUCCUCUCAUUACUCUUCUCCCGCGACUAUCCUGUUGUAGUCUAGACAAUUUGUAGAGAAUACUGCAUCAGCUGACAAUGGGCAAUCAUUGCUAUGACUUUUGUAUUUCACGAUGGAACAAUGGAAAAUUAUACUUCACGAAGCUCUCUCCGUCGAGGGUGAAUUGCGAUCGGAAAGGAAAGAAAGGUCGGAGCGGAAAGGUCUGUCGCUGCUUCCUGCGGAAGCCUUUUUUUUGAAAACGGAGACGCAUUUAUCAGUGGUGGUCGAGAAAGAAACGGGGGGCUGCGAAAACAACUGCGGCAGAUGUGAACUCUUGGCACGCGCCCUUCUGUUCCACAGUGGUUCUCACCCUCCAUAGAAAAACACAGGAACCACAUUUUCCGUCGUUGCUGGUUCAACACGUUUUUCAAAGAAUUCCGGAGAUACUUAUUCCGACCAUGCAGUAAUAUGACAAUUAAAAUCUUGGAACGUGUAUUGCAUUCGUCUAUAUUUAACUCGAAUCUUUAAACGACCGCAUGAAACGCAUUAUUGUUUGCUAAGCGUCCGCUCGCGCGUUAGGAAGCCAACUGUAUCAAGUUACUUCCGGUAACUGACAUUGAAACUCUAUACUCUACGAGGAAGGGUUAGCGAUCUUUCAUAUUCUUUUAUGAAUGGAUUCAACGGGGGUCGAUACGGAUAUAAAUAUCCGCGAACCGUUGCAGCUGCCAUUGAUAGCCAAGAAUUCUGUCACGAAUAUAUCGCGAUCCAAAUUCUGUUUAAACAGAAAAUCGAACGAGGAGUUUUCUAGAAAUGUCCAGGAAUCUGUGGACCGAUUGGGAUUCGUGCCAGAACCUUUCGUUUUCUAUAAGCAGAAAUUGCGGAUUCUCCAGGAUCGUGAGAGAGACGUGGAAAAACGGAUGCUACAUUUUCUAGCAUUUUACCAAAGUUCUUCAGUCUUCUUUUUCGUAAAAAAAGGACGUCCGCGAAUGACUCGUACCCAGCAGAGAAUUAAACGAAGCAACUGCCGUUUAGUAUUCCACUGGCGAAUUUAUUCGACGUCCUCCACGUGGGUUAUUUACCAGAGGGGCACGAUAUCGGCUCGGAAAUCUCGUUGUCCUGGGAAAAACCAAAGCCUCGCGAUAUGUACGAGGCAUAAGAAGCGAAUAGCUAGACAUUUUUAUCGUGAGCACGAACCGAUCGUCUCUUAAUUAGGAUUCAACGCGUACCACUAUAACGUUUCACAGUUAUUGUCACCGAUAGAUAACACUUAUUUCGUGCGUACGGUAGAAGUCUCUUGUUGCUUCAUUUCCAGUUUUGAUAUCGAUUCUAAAAAUAUCAGGGAAGGUAAUACAGUCGUGGCAAUCACCUGUCCCUACACCUGCUAAAGUAACUUUCCUUCGAGUCACCAUCUGCCUUUUCGAAUUUCGACCGUCAGAUGUGAACUUAUUAAGAACGUUAGACGUGUCUCUUUAUCAAAGGAAUUUUUUAAUCGAAAAUAUUUGCUACAGUGUCCUUCAGUAGAGACAAAGUAGACGGAGCAAAGUAGAUUACGGUGUAUUAUUCUGAUCUUGCACGCAAUAUAUCUUUUACGUGCAAGACCGGAAUACGUACCGUAUUAUGCAAAAUUUAAAUUCUAGAAAUUCCUACAAACUAGGAAAUGUUUCGGUACUUCAUUAUAAUAUGAUUUACAUAAUUUUUAAACACUUCGUUAUUUGACUUUUUAUAGUAUUUUUAUACAAGGUCAAACGCAGCUAAUAUAUAUCAUAAAGUUACAACUAACGAACCGACUUUUCAUAAAUAAUUUUAAAAAUGUAGACAGCAUUUUAAAUUCCGAAUCCGACGCAAGUUCCAAUCCCUGUCGAUAAAUUCGGAUACUGCAAUGUCAUCUUUACCGACCGAGUACCCAUAGUGCUCCAGUGGCAGCACUGCUAAGGAAGAGCAAAUUGCCUUUUGCGUUUGUAAACGAAAGGAAUCGUGUCGUAUAUUUUGUGAUAAAAGUAUUAAAGUUCGUUGUAAAUGUUCUCGUAAUAUAAAUACAUAAAUGUAUAGAAACUGUUUGCGUGCUGUUAAAUAGCAACGGUAAACAUGGUUCGAAGUAGCGACAAGGAUAGACAUCAUCGAAGACGAUCGAGAUCAAGAUCAAGGUCUCGAUCAGCCACACCGGAAAAGAAGCGACGACGAUCUAGGAGUAGAGAUAGAGAUAGGGACAGGGAAAGAGAUAAAGGUCGUCACAGGGAACGGAGAAGUCGUUCCAGAGAUAGGGAUAGAGAAAGAAGCGACAGAAGAGAUCGCUCGGAAAGAGACAGAGAUCGUGACAGAAAACGUGGAGACAGUAAAGAAAAGCGUCUUACAGGCUCAAAGUCUUCGCGUUCAGGCAAAGAUCGAUCGAACAGAUCACGUUCAAGGGAGCGCAAGGAGAAAGAGAAAGGUGAUAGCGAUGAGUUGCCGUUUGACCACACUAAAUUGGAUAAGGAGGAAGAACAGAAAAGACUGGAACUGGAAAUGCAAAAAAGAAGAGAAAGAAUAGAAAGGUGGCGCGCGGAAAGGAAAAAGAAGGAGUUAGAGGCAACUAAAAAGGAUGGUAAGGCAUCUAUAUUAGCAAACCUUCAGUUGCCCAUGAAAAAGUGGUCCCUGGAAGACGACAGUGACGAAGAGACUCCCGUUGUUCAGAAUAGCAAUAAGGAAGUCAAAGAAGAUGGAGAAACAAAGGAAGAAGUGGAAGAAGUUAAGGAGGAAACUAAAGGCGACGAAGAGGAAGUUGAUCCUCUCGACGCAUUCAUGGCAGAGGUUCAAGAAGAAGUUCGCAAGGUAAACAAACUCGAUAGUAAAAGCGGCAAGAGUGCGAAUAACGGAACGGGUACGGGAGGUACUCAAAGCGGAGGCGUUGUUAUCGUUACCGGCGUAGCCAAAAAUAAGGUGCAGAAACAAAAAGGGGAAUUAAUCGAGCAAAAUCAAGAUGGUCUUGAAUAUUCUAGCGAGGAAGAGGGGGAAAACUUACACGAAACAGCUGCCGGUAUUGCGAACAAACAGAAGCGAGAGUUAGCCAAAGUCGAUCAUGCGACGACCGAGUAUCAACCGUUUAGAAAAUCGUUUUACGUAGAAGUACCUGAAAUCGCAAGGAUGACGCCGGAAGAGGUAGAAGCGUACAAAGAGGAGUUGGAAGGGAUUCGUGUGAAAGGCAAAGGAUGUCCGAAGCCUAUAAAAUCAUGGGCCCAAUGCGGUGUCACGAAAAAGGAGCUGGAAGUUCUGAAGAAGCUCGGCUAUGAAAAACCAACUCCCAUACAGUGCCAAGCUAUUCCGGCAAUUAUGUCUGGUCGCGAUCUAAUAGGCAUAGCGAAGACGGGCAGUGGAAAAACCUUGGCAUUCCUGUUACCGAUGUUCAGGCAUAUUCUCGACCAGCCCCCGUUAGCGGACGGCGACGGGCCAAUCGCACUGAUCAUGACACCGACCAGAGAAUUGUGCAUGCAAAUAGGAAGGGACUCGAAAAAAUUCACAAAGUCGUUGGGCUUGUCUCAUGUCUGCGUUUACGGUGGAACCGGUAUUUCGGAACAGAUAGCCGAACUGAAGAGAGGCGCUGAAAUAAUUGUCUGUACUCCCGGAAGAAUGAUCGACAUGCUUGCUGCCAACAGCGGAAGGGUGACCAACCUUCGUAGAGUAACUUACGUAGUUCUCGACGAAGCGGACAGAAUGUUCGACAUGGGUUUCGAGCCUCAAGUGAUGCGCAUCAUGGAGAACGUUCGACCAGACCGACAAACUGUACUGUUCAGCGCGACAUUCCCUCGACAAAUGGAAGCACUAGCUAGAAGAAUAUUGACCAGGCCCGUAGAAGUGCAGGUCGGAGGACGGUCGAUCGUCUGUAAGGACGUUGAACAACACGUGGUAGUCCUCGAAGAAGAUCAAAAGUUUUACAAACUCCUGGAAAUUCUAGGCCAUUAUCAGGACAAAGGUUCCACUAUAAUAUUUGUUGACAAGCAAGAGAACGCUGACACGCUUUUGAAAGAUUUGAUGAAAGCGUCUUAUUCGUGCAUGUCGCUUCAUGGAGGUAUCGAUCAGUGCGAUAGAGAUUCGACGAUAUUAGAUUUCAAAGCUGGUAGAACGAAAUUAUUGGUUGCCACGUCCGUAGCUGCUAGAGGUUUGGACGUGAAGCACUUGGUGUUGGUGGUGAACUACGACUGCCCGAAUCAUUAUGAAGAUUACGUGCACAGAUGUGGGAGAACAGGAAGAGCCGGAAACAAGGGGUACGCUUACACGUUCAUUACGUCGGAGCAAGAACGUUACGCCGGCGAUAUACUGCGUGCUCACGAAUUGGCAGGGGUUCCUGUUCCCGAGCCUCUGCGUCAGCUCUGGGAAGGAUACAAGGCCCGACAAGCAGCGGACGGCAAGAAGGUACACACUGGAGGUGGCUUCAGCGGCAAAGGAUUCAAGUUCGACGAAUCCGAAGCAGCGUUAGCGAACGAGAAGAAGAAGUUCCAGAAGGCGGCUCUAGGUCUGCAAGAUUCCGACGACGAGGACAUAGAGAACGACAUUGACCAGCAAAUAGAGAGCAUGCUGGCGCCGAAACGAACAGUUCGCGAAAUUGCUAGACCGUCAGCCACCAACAUCGCAGUACCCGGGCAACCAGUACCCAGCGCGACCGAUAAAUUGGAGUUGGCUAGGCGAUUGGCAUCCAAGAUAAACAUAGCCAAGAAUUUGGGAGCCGAAGCAAAGGGCGCAACGCAGCAAGCCGCUGAAGCGAUACUCAAAGGAGCUGGUCCUACUAAUCUUAUUACAGCUAAAACGGUCGCGGAACAACUGGCAGCGAAAUUGAACACCAAGUUGAAUUAUCAACCUCGAGAGGAAGAUCUUGUCGAGAGCGACGCAGAGGCCGGUGAACAAACCUUCCGUAAAUACGAAGAGGAAUUGGAGAUCAACGACUUCCCGCAACAAGCUAGGUGGCGAGUCACCAGCAAAGAAGCUCUCGCGCAGAUUUCGGAGUACUCCGAAGCUGGUCUCACUGUUAGGGGAACUUACAUCGCGCCUGGCAAGGCUCCUCCCGAAGGAGAAAGAAAACUGUAUCUUGCUAUCGAGUCCACCAGCGAAUUGGCAGUGAGCAAAGCCAAGGCGGAGGUUUCCCGACUCAUCAAGGAAGAAUUGAUCAAAUUACAAGCGUCCGGAGCGCAUACCGCGUCUCGUGGUCGAUACAAAGUUUUGUAAAACUUUUGUAAGAAAGAGAGAGGAGAAUACGUUCAUUUUCCGUUGUGUAUGCACUUUCCAGUGCUGCGGUAUAUGAAUUCACUGAAUUGCGUACGAGUAAAAUUACAAAAUUUAUUAAACUUACAAAUGACUAUACAAAAACUUUGUAUUUAACGAUACAAUAACGAAGUUUGCUUAACGCUUACGGGAGUAUCGGUUCUGUCGGUAAUUGUUUUUUAUUGACUACCGUAUCUGCGACUAAUACAAUGUAAAAAUCCACGGACACGUGGUCGUCGUUUGGUAACUUAA